GGGCCGGCCCACGUUUGCUCAGGUCCAUUCGGAACAGAAACCAGCAAACGGCAUCUCUUCCCGUCCCGUCACCCCCUCCGGCACUCCCCGUCCCCUUCACCCCUCGCCGCCGUCGUCGCCGCCGCACUCGUAUCUGCGGCUUCCCGCGCCGUAUCCUGCGGAAGAAGUGCUUAACGGGCUACACCCCACCACUGCACGAUGUCGGCAGCGGCGCGGGUGCUCCCGAAGGCGGUGACCUUCGUGACGGGCAACGCCAAGAAGCUGGAGGAGGUCCGCGCCAUCCUCGGCUCUUCCAUCCCCUUCCAGUCGCUGAAGCUCGACCUGCCAGAACUGCAAGGGGAGCCAGAGGACAUAUCCAAAGAGAAAGCACGAAUGGCUGCAUCUCAGGUGAAUGGGCCUGUAUUGGUGGAGGACACCUGCCUAUGUUUUAAUGCACUCAAAGGCCUACCAGGACCCUACAUAAAGUGGUUUCUUGAGAAGAUUGGGCAUGAAGGUUUGAACAAUCUGUUAAAAGCUUAUGAAGAUAAAUCAGCGUUUGCUAUGUGCAUCUUUUCUCUUGCUCUUGGACCUGGAGAGGAACCAAUCACAUUUGUUGGAAAAACUGCGGGAAAAAUCGUACCUGCUAGAGGUCCUAAUGAUUUUGGAUGGGAUCCUGUAUUCCAGCCAGAUGGUUUUGAACAAACAUAUGCUGAGAUGCCCAAGUCAGUAAAGAAUGAAAUAUCUCACAGAGGGAAGGCUCUUGCUCUGGUGAAAGAACACUUUGCAUCUGCUAGCUAUACAGUUCAGAGCGAUAACUCAGCUUAAGUUUGACUUCGGUUCCUAGAUGAAUGAACAUCACAUUCUGGAAUGUAAACUGAAUUACUUCUAGUGGAUACUGUGGUUUACUGUUAAGUUUAUUCAUAAUGUACUGUAGUUUGUUUGAUUGUGAUAUAUACUUGGUGCCUAUUAUUAUCAACUUACGAUAUUUCUUCA